AUGCCUCACAGCCACUGCCACUCACGCAGGAGCUUGGGUAAGGCCCCACCACUCUCAGCCAUCCUGCAUGACUCCAGGGCGACAAGCUUUGAAGAUGGAAUUUUUUUACCCAGCAGCUGCUACAGCAGAACCUGGCUCCUAGACAACUUUGAAGAAGCCUGCAGUGAAACUCCCACCAGUCAACUGCCCACUUGUGAACAGCACCAGUGCACAGCAGACACUUGUGUGCAAUGGUCCUGCCUCCCUAAAGUUGUCCACACAACUUGUUCCAAUUCCAAGUCCUGUGAGAAGACAGCAUGCCAACCAGCAGUGCCAGAGUGUGCUUCUCAAUCCUGCCAGUCAAGAAACAAUCAGCAAGUGGGUUUUGUAGCCCAGAGAGACCAAACUGCAAGGUACAAGGCCCAGUGUUACCUACUAAAGAAUACUGUGUCUGAGAGUUGCCGAACUGUGGAGUCUGAAUACAGUCAAUGCCAUCAUCAGGCCCUCGAAUCCAGUUCCUGUAGCCCCUUGGGCAGUGUUGCUCCCGGGCCACAACUCAUGGAGACUUCCAGCAUUCGUGAACCAACUUGCUGUGUUACUGGUGGUUUGCAGUUGCCUAGUAAGUGA